AAGCCGGAUAUCUCCUUGAGGUCUCGUUGCGAACGUGAGCUGUGUAUCCAUAAGGACAGCGAGUCUGUCAGUACAGUUCGGUCGUACGUGUGGACACACUAGACAUUGUUUUAACACCGUAUAAUGGCGUGUUGCGGAGAAGGCCCCGGGUAUGCCACGCCCCUUGAAGCCAUGGAGAAGGCUCCCAGGGAGGAGAUUGUUUACAUUCCCUGUAUCGUCCCACCGGAAAGGCGUGGUAAGCAGCCGGAUUACCUCGUCACGGUGGACGUCGAUCCGAAAUCACCCACAUACAGCCAGGUAAUACAUCGUCUUCACCUACCUAAUGUGAGCGACGAAGUACAUCACACUGGUUGGAACACGUGCUCCAGUUGUCAUGGUGACAAAACCCAGCGUCGAGAUAAAUUGAUCCUACCAUGUGUCAACAGCGACCGGAUAUACGUAGUGAACGUCGGUGAUGCUUCUCGGGCACCAACGUUGGAAACGAGUAUUGAGCCCUGGGAGUUGCACGAUAAAUGUGGCCUUGGAGCUCCACACACGUCACAUUGUCUGGCCAGUGGAGAUAUCAUGAUCAGCUGUAUGGGGGACCCGGAUGGAAACGGAAAAGGUGGUUUCGUACUUGUGGACGGCAAGACUUUUAUCGUCAAGGGUAACUGGGAGAAAGAGAAUGUCAAAUUUGGAUACGACUUCUGGUAUCAACCCUACCACAACGUUAUGAUCAGUUCGGAAUGGGGCGCUCCUAAAUACUUCCGGAAAGGUUUCGACCCUGCCGAUGUCGGUAAAGGUCACUACGGCAACGCACUGAAUGUGUGGGAUUGGACAACACACGAACUUCAGCAAAUAAUCGAUCUGGGACCGGAUGGCAAAAUUCCCAUGGAGGUCCGUUUCUUACACGACCCACUGGCUACAGAGGGUUACGUCGGCUGUGCUCUUAGCUCUUCCAUCUUCAGGUUUUACCGUAAAGAGGACCGCACGUGGGCCGCCGAGAAGGUCAUUCAGGUAGCCCCAAAGAAAGUUCAGGGUUGGGCUCUUCCAGACAUGCCAGGACUGAUCACGGAUAUCCUGAUCUCCCUUGACGACCGGUUCCUCUACUUUAGUAACUGGAUCCAUGGUGACGUCAGACAAUAUGACAUCACAGACCGACGUCAUCCUAAACUUGUCGGACAGCUGUUUCUUGGCGGAAGUAUUUGCACAGACGGGCAUGUAAAGGUCACCCACGACAGCGAGUUAAAGGCACAACCGGCGCCAGCGUUCAUCAAGGGUAAACGGAUACUGGGUGGACCACAGAUGAUCCAGCUCAGCCUGGACGGUAAACGUCUAUACCUGACUACGUCAUUGUUCUCAUCCUGGGACAAAACGUUCUACCCGGAACUCCUCAGAAACGGUGCCAUGAUGCUAGCCAUCGACGUUGAUACGAGGAAGGGUGGACUCAAACUUAAUCCUAACUUCUUAGUAGACUUCGGAAAGGAACCGGACGGCCCAGUGCUAGCCCAUGAGAUUAGAUAUCCCGGAGGAGACUGCACUUCCGAUAUAUGGCUUGCCUCUACUGCCCGCAAACCAAAACUAUAAUUGUACUGACAAAGUUCAGUGCACAUGUCAAACAUUUUAACAAUGUAUACAUAUAACUACAAUGUUUUGACGUGAUAAACAUUUUGUUUCUGCUAUGCGACAAACAAAUCGCAUGGGUAGGCCUGGUGAUAUUUUCGGUUGGGACAUUGUUACCAAACCCAAGGCAUUCACGGAACAGCACGACUGUUGCAGUAUACGUUUUGUCUUUAACAUUCCAGUGCUUUUCGUUAUUGAUAUGUUAACUUGUCAUCGAUUCUUUGAAAUUCGAUAAUAUCUAGUUUUGGAAUAGGGUUUUUUGCAAUGUAUAUAAAUUUACAGGAAAGAUACAUUUGAAAAUAACUGAGCACAUGAGGUCGAGUCAUGAAUUAAAAUAUGUUGCUUAUUACAAAUAUUUCAUUGCCUUUGCAAUUCAUUCGAGAAUCAUGUGAUUACUAGGUUUUAAUAAGAGCUUGAAUGAUGAUCACGUAAUUACUACAAUGAAGGCUUAUGAUUGGACUAGCUAAAGGACCAACGAAAACGUUCUACAUCACUUAAUUCUGUAAACUGUUGUAGAAAACCAGAAUUUGUCAUUGUUUGAUUAAUUGUUGCGAGAUGUAUAUAAUACCCUUGCAUUGUCAUAAUGCUAUUAAAGAUAAUUACCAUGUCACAAAUAUUCA